UACAUAUGGUCGCGUUAAGUCCUGCUCCCUUGUUGCAGUCGAAGAAACGAAGAUGGCAGCCACCGUGAAGGGACCUGUUGCAGUUGAAGAUGUGAAUGUCACAUUUGAAGACCAGCAGAAGAUCAAUAAAUUUGCCAGGAACACGAAUCGAAUGACAGAAUUCAAAACUGAAAUAGAGGCAAAGAAAAAAUCGCUGCAGAACUUACAGGAUGCCUCUGAUGACUUAAUGAUGUUAGAAGACGACUCUCUGUUGAUCCCAUAUCAAAUUGGUGACGUCUUUAUCAGUCACACCCAGGAAGAAACGCAGGAGAUGCUGGAGACCGCAAAGGAGGCACUGGAGCAGGAGGUCAGGGGCCUUGAGGACCAAGUGUCAGCGAUACAACAAGUGUUGGGUGAUCUGAAGGUCCAGCUCUAUGCCAAGUUUGGUAACAAUAUUAACCUGGAGGCAGAUGAAAGCUGAGCAGUGAAACAGACAUUGACAGCUGUGACAACAUGGACUUUUUCAUGCAGCUCUCGUAUCACAUCUGUAGCAGGACAUUUGUCAAACAAAGCAUGAGCAUGAACUGCUUAGUUGUUGUUUUUUAGCUUCUUAGCUUUUGUCUGCACAGGUGAGGCAUGUGUUUAGAUUUGUGGCAAAUUUAAAUAAUUUAAAUAAAUGUGCACCAUUUGGAACAUAUUUUCUUUGUACCCUCAUUCAAUGUUCAUUUUUCUUUUACUCAAUUGAUCAAGCUGAAGUAAAAAAAAAGAAAAGAAAAAUGGCUGUGUCGCAAUUCAACUUGUAGUAAAUUUAACAUUCUGCACAUGAGCCCAUUUCAUUUGUGACCCAGCUGCAUAUUUGAUUACCCCGAAGGUUUGGAUUAAAUUAACAGAAGUUCUCUGUUUGACACAA